UUGGAACAAGAACCAACACAACACAAGAACCAGAGGGAACUAGGGAGACCAAUAUGGAUAGGGUAUUCUCCGACGACGAAAUCUCCGACCACCAGUUCUGGUCUCCGCCGCAAUCACGAGAUGAACCUUCCGUGAUGAAUCGUAGUUUAUCGGAGUGGGCCUUCCAACGCUUUCUCCAAGAGGCCUCCGCCGCCGACGACGACUCCUCUCCCAAAUCAUCUUCAGAGCCGAACGACGCCGUCAUGACGAUCAGAGAUCAUCAUCAACAACAACAGAUACAGACGGGGAAUGACAGUAUUCUCAACGAUACUAAAACGGCUGCGUCGUUUAAUGGUCCAGCUCCCAAUGUUCCGCCCGAUUCAGAGGAGUACCAGGCCAUCCUCAAAAGUAAACUCAACCUUGCUUGCGCCGCUGUUGCCUUGACACGGGCAUCUUUGGUCAAAGCCCAAGAUUCUUCUGCUAGAGCUGACAAUGCAUAUAGGGCUCCAAAUACUUCACAAUUGGGAUCCCAUGCUCCUAAAGGUACUGGACAUGAUUUAUCCAGGGGACAAGAUAAGGAUGCUAAUGGACCCUUAGGGGUUCCUGCCCUACCUGUCUCCCAAAAGAAAUCAGGCGCUCCCGUAAAGUCAACCACCAGUGGAUCAUCAAGAGAGCUAUCAGAAGAUGACAAAAACGAAUGGGAAACUGCAAUGACAGAGAAUAUGGACCCUGCCGAUGUGAAACGUGUGAGGAGAAUGCUUUCAAAUAGAGAGUCCGCUAGACGCUCAAGAAGAAGAAAGCAGACCCAUUUGACUGAGCUUGAGACACAGGUUGCUCAACUGAGAGUAGAAAAUUCUUCUCUGUUGAAGCGUCUAACCGACAUAAGCCAGAAGUAUAAUGAUGCAUCUGUUGACAACAGAGUUCUAAAAGCUGAUGUGGAAACAAUGAGAGCAAAGGUGAAGAUGGCUGAGGAGACUGUAAAACGACUGACCGGGUUGAACCCCCCAUUCCGUGGUGCAAUGCCUGAUAUAUCUGCAAUGGGUGUGCCGUCAUUUGAUGGAAACCCUACUGACUCAUCUGUGUAUGCUGCUGUACCCGUGCAAGAUGACCCAAAGCAUCGAUUUUAUCAGCAGGCAUCAAGUAAGUCUAUAACUAAAUUCCAUGCAGUAAACAGCGGUGUUACAGACAUCAUUUCUGUUGAAAAUGUUCAGCCAAAUUCGACAACAGCAAGAGUAGCAGGGAACAAGAUGGAACGAACUGCUUCGUUGCACCGUGUGGCUAGUUUGGAGCAUCUGCAGAAGCGUAUCCGUGGGGAUGUAAGUCCUUGUGGAACCCAAUCCCAUGGAGAACCGCAGCGAUAAAGGAAUGGUCAAGUAUUAGGGUUUUAUUAGAAAGACCUCUUGGAAGAAAGAUUAUAUAUUGUUACUAUUUUUGGCCGAAUUGUAUGUGUUUCAUGGACAUUCUUUAGGUGAAUGAAACUACUGGUGGUGUUAUUCAACCCAUCACAUACAUUUGUGGUAUAGAACAGCUUGCUAAUAACUUAAUAAAUUGUCGAUUUUUGUUGAUUUUAAGAAAUUUCCGUUGAUUAUUA